GGUUGGUCCCGACCCGUCGCUACAACGACACAUAAGAUCGUGUGUGUAGACAAAGCUACGUCGUGCGAGAACGUCGUCCGUUCAUUCUGUUGGGGCCACACUGGAUUGGUGUCGUGGUGACGUUUUCCCUCAUCGUGAUAUCGACUGUGCUGUUCAUCGAUCAGCAAUGUCGAGGCCUGGACCCCUGGUACACGCUGUUUUCCGUGUUCAUGUCCAUUGUGACAGUCUACUUUCUCUUCAAGACGACAUGCACGGACCCUGGUAUCGUGCCGCGCGGUACCCUGCACACGGAUCCAGCCCUGAUCGCGCGAUGCAGCUACUGCGACAUAUGCAAUGUUCACCAGAGCCGGCACACCGAGCACUGCGACGACUGCGGCGUGUGCAUCGAGAAAUACGACCACCAUUGCCCGUGGAUGGGCAAGUGCAUCGGCAAGGCCAACAUGAAGUGGUUCCAGCUCUUCAACUUGGCGUGGGUCGUCUACCUCGUGUUUGUGCUCGUGGUCACGAUGCAAAACGCCAGCGCGCACGCCGAUCUGCUCGUCAAGGCCGGCAACCAGUACAUCCACCGCGUUCAAGGCUCCCAUUAGGCCCAGCAAAUAAUCCACACCGUUGGUGC